UGCAGCUGCUGUACGUACACAUGGAUAACACUGAAAUAGUUAGCUUCAUCUAGAGGAUUUCAAAAGUUUUAAAGGAUAUAACAUCCCUCUGUCGUUUGAAAGCACUUUCUCGUUUCCAGCGCGGAUUCGCUGAAGCAUGUCUGUGUUUGGAGGAGUGUUCCGUCAGUCCUCGGCUCGACUCUUCAGCACAGUGUUGUUGCUGUCUCACGCAGGCACGUGCGCUAGAACACGAAUGCACGCGGUUCCCAAACUGAGAGAGCUGGACCGAUGGACGGAGAAGAGAGGCGUGUUUGGGGUCUAUGACAACAUCGGGAUCUUGGGAGAUUUUAAAGCUCAUCCAAAAGACCUGAUCCGGGGACCGGUGUGGCUCCGAGGCUUCAGCGGAAACGAGCUCCAGCGGCUCAUCAGGAAGAAGCGGAUGGUGGGAGGGCGAAUGCUGACCGAGGACAAGCACAGCCUGGAUAAGAGGAUCAGCUUCCUGUACCGCCGCUUCAACAGAUACGGCAAACACCGAUAGAUUCUGCCUUCAUUUGUGCAAAAAGCAAGCUGCAUUUCCAUUCAUUAAACUGUCAAAAUU